AUGAAUAUUCUGGGUCUUUACAGUCAAAUGCCCAAAUUUACGGCAAUUAUGGAUAUCAUUCGUUUGUUAUGGAUAGUACGGAUUGUGUGGGCCGUUGAAGAUGUGUUGAUGGACUCAACGACGGCAACGGCUGAGCUGGGCUGGACGAUAUAUCCAUCAUUGGGGUGGGAAGAGGUGAGCGGCUACGAUGAGCACAUGAACACCAUCCGCACUUACCAGGUGUGUAAUGUCUUUGAUGCCAACCAGAACAACUGGGUGCGCACUAAAUACAUAAAGCGGCGAGGAGCCCAGCGCAUCCAUGUGGAGAUGAAGUUCUCUGUGCGAGACUGCAGCAGCAUCCCUAACGUUCCUGGCUCCUGCAAGGAGACCUUCAAUCUUUACUAUUUUGAGGCUGACUCUGAAGUAGCCACCAAGGUGUAUCCAGCAUGGAUGGAGAACCCCUGGAUCAAGGUGGACACCAUUGCAGCUGAUGAGAGCUUCUCCCAGGUGGACUUGGGUGGACGUGUAAUGAAGAUCAACACAGAAGUACGCAGUUUUGGGCCUGUGUCUCGUAAUGGCUUCUACUUGGCCUUUCAGGAUUAUGGAGGCUGCAUGUCACUCAUCGCAGUGAAGGUUUUCUAUCGCAAGUGCCCCCGAAUUAUUCAGAAUGGGGCCGUCUUUCAGGAGACCUUAUCUGGGGCAGAGAGCACCUCUCUGGUGUCAGCUCGGGGCACUUGUAUACAUAAUGGAGAGGAAGUGGAUGUACCCAUUAAACUGUACUGCAAUGGAGAUGGGGAGUGGUUGGUACCUAUCGGGCGCUGUGUGUGCAAGGCAGGGUACGAGUCUGUGGAGAAUGGGACUAUGUGUACAGCAUGUCCUUUCGGGUUCUUCAAAGCAUCUCAAGGGGACCAGCAAUGUCUCCAGUGUCCUAUCAACAGCCGCACCACCAACGAGGGCGCCACCAACUGUGUCUGCCGCAGUGGAUACUACCGUACGGACUCCGACCCUCUUCAGAUGCCCUGUACCACGGUGCCUUCUGCGCCUCAGAGAGUGAUCUCAAGCGUGAAUGAAACAUCCCUGUGGCUGGAGUGGGAUACACCGAAGGAGACCGGAGGCCGGGAGGACGUGGUCUACAACAUCAUCUGCAAGAGCUGUGGCUCAGGUCGAGGGGCCUGCACUCGCUGCGGUGACAACGUACAGUUCGUGCCCCGGCAGCUGGGCCUGACCGAGUCUCGGGUCCAUAUCAGCGACCUGCUGGCCCACACGCAGUACACUUUCGAGAUCCAGGCUGUAAAUGGAGUUUCUGACCAGAGUCUUUACUCGCCCCUGUUCACCUCUGUCAACAUCACCACAAACCAGGCUGCUCCAUCUGCUGUGUCCAUCAUGCAUCAGGUCAGUCGGACUGUGGAUAGUAUCACAUUGUCCUGGUCCCAGCCAGCCCAGCCCAAUGGAGUCAUUUUAGACUACGAACUGCAAUAUUAUGAGAAGAAUAUGGCUGAGCUGAACUAUUCUGAACUGCGGAGUCUGACUAAUACAGCAGUUAUCCGGGGCCUGAAGCCAGGAAACAUCUACGUGUUUCAAGUGCGAGCCCGCACAGUGGCGGGAUUUGGACGUUUCAGUGGGAAGAUGUACUUCCAAACGAUGACUGAAGACGAGUAUAACUCUAGCCUGAAGGAGAAACUGCCCCUCAUUAUCGGCUCGGCUGCUGCCGGCGUUGUUUUUCUCAUCGCUGUGGUUGUGCUCAUUAUCGUCUGUAAUCGUAGAGGCAGUGAUAGGACAGAAUCUGAAUUCACUGACAAGCUCCAACAUUACACCAGUGGUCACAUGUCUCCAGGAGCGAAGAUCUACAUUGAUCCUUUCACGUACGAGGACCCCAAUGAGGCAGUGCGGGAGUUUGCCAAAGAAUUAGAUGUGUCCUGUGUGAAGAUUGAGCAAGUUAUUGGUGCAGGUGAGUUUGGAGAGGUAUGUAGUGGUAACCUCAGGCUUCCUGGGAAACGGGAGAUUCUGGUGGCCAUUAAGACUCUAAAAUCAGGCUACACUGAGAAACAGCGGCGAGAUUUCCUGAGUGAAGCCAGCAUCAUGGGUCAGUUUGACCAUCCUAAUAUCAUUCACCUCGAAGGAGUGGUGACCAAGAACACCCCAGUUAUGAUCAUCACUGAAUUCAUGGAGAAUGGAUCACUGGACUCCUUCCUUCGGCAAAAUGAUGGCCAGUUCACAGUGAUUCAGUUGGUGGGCAUGCUGCGUGGCAUUGCAGCGGGCGUGAAGUACCUCUGUGACAUGAACUACGUACAUCGUGAUCUGGCUGCCCGCAACAUUCUGGUCAAUAGCAAUCUAGUCUGUAAAGUAUCUGACUUCGGGCUUUCCCGAUUUUUGGAAGAUGACACAUCAGAUCCUACAUACACAAGUGCCCUGGGAGGGAAAAUUCCAAUACGAUGGACUGCUCCUGAGGCCAUCCAGUACAGGAAGUUUACCUCCUCCAGUGAUGUAUGGAGCUAUGGGAUCGUAAUGUGGGAGGUCGUGUCCUAUGGAGAGAGACCUUACUGGGACAUGAGUAAUCAAGAUGUCAUAAAUGCCAUAGAGCAGGAUUAUAGGUUACCUCCUCCUAUGGACUGCCCAAGUGCACUGCACCAACUAAUGUUGGACUGCUGGCAGAAGGACCGAAACAACCGCCCAAAAUUUGGUCAGAUUGUAAAUACUCUGGAUAAAAUGAUCCGUAAUCCAAGUACCCUGAAGGCCACUACCCCACUCUCUUCUGGCGUACAUCUACCUCUGCUGGACCGCAGCACACCAGACUUCUCCAGCUUCGGCACAGUGGAUGAGUGGCUAGAUGCCAUCAAAAUGGGACAGUACAAGGAGAACUUUGCCAAUGAAGACCUCACCACCUUUGAAGCCGUGUCUCAAAUGACUAUGGAUGAUAUCCUGAGGGUGGGAGUCAGUCUAGCCGGUCACCAGAAGAAGAUUCUUAACAGUGUGCAGAUGAUGCGAGCCCAGAUGAACCAGAUCCAGUCCGUGGAGGUUUGA